CUAGUUACCGCAGUCGCAGUAAAAGCUGCUUGAGGGAGUAGAAGAUUGAGAGGUUUGAAUUGUGAGAGUAUCUUAGCUUGUGAAUGAGGUUAUAAUGUUAUUCUAUUCAUUCUUCAAGUCGCUCGUAGGAAAAGAUGUGGUAGUGGAGCUGAAAAAUGAUCUAAGCAUAUGUGGCACAUUGCAUUCUGUGGACCAGUACUUGAACAUAAAAUUGACAGACAUUAGUGUCACAGAUCCAGAUAAAUAUCCUCACAUGUUAUCAGUGAAAAACUGCUUUAUCCGUGGCUCUGUUGUACGCUAUGUUCAGUUACCAGCUGAUGAAGUAGAUACACAGCUUCUUCAGGAUGCUGCAAGGAAAGAAGCAGCUGUACAGUCUCGUUAGUAAUGCAGAAGACAUUGCUGAAUAUUCAUUUUGCACCACCUGUUUUGUUGAUCAGGGAGAGGGAGGGGCUUACAAAACUCAUGAAAUAUGCUGCAAAAUGAUGAUGAAGGGAGAGCUACAAACAGCAGUUUCUGCUCUAUUUAUUUUCAGUACUGAAUGCCUCCUGAAAGAUGUGUAAUAUGCUGUAAUUCAGUAUGACAGUUAUGUUGGAGUGCAGAGAGAAAUUAGCAGUUAGUUUUUGAAUGUGGUGAUUUGAAACAUUAUAAAUGUUGAUGUGCUUAUUUGGUUUGCAGAAAAGUAAGAUAAUUUAUUUCUCAUUAGUUUGUUAUUUUGGUGAUAAAGAAGUUGUAACAUGAUGUCAUUUUCAUUAGCAGGCAUUAUUAAAUCCGUGUUUCUAUUAUACGUGGGGAUAUAAGUGUAAUUUAAGAUAGACACUUGAACGUGAAAUUAUUUAUAUGAUUAGCUAAACUGUUGUACUUCUGCAUAACCAUAAGGUUGAAAAAUGAAUGUAUUUGUGACAGUGGAUGAGAAUACAAUAUAUAUUUUAUAAGAAAGUGUCUAAAUAUUUUGCAGGGGUUAGAGAUACAGACACCAUGUCAUCUAUUUGAGCAGGUACCGACAUUCUGGAGUCCUGCUGCCUGCAUCUUCAGAAUAAAAAGGUGAUCUCUUCUACCCUGAAGAAUGAGGUAAUAGGUUCCACCAAAAUGUCGGUACCUAUCAACCAGAGUACAUGAUGUCACAUCCUGGAAGACCAUAAUAGCAACUUAUUUUGUUUAUACAUUAUAUUAUAUUUAUUUGUACUGGCUUAUUGUUUCCAACCCCAAUGUAGGUGCAGGAAUUUUUACCCUCUAUGAAUAAAUAGUGUGCCUAAAAUUUGAUAUCCCUUGUAUCAACCGCAGAUGUUGUGCAGCAUUGCGUGUGAAGUAGGGACAUUGUUCCUGAGGUGCUGGUUCAAAUUCCAGCCAGGAACUCACUGUCUUGACUGGAUUUUUGAUGAUAUUUUGCAGUCCCUCCACCAAUAUGCCGAGGUAGUACCUAGAUUAGGACAUGACCACUUCAGCAUUGUCAAGUGUGGUAGUGUACCCCUUAAAGUAAAGAACUAAUAUUUUUCAGCAUUCUUUAGUGUGAGGAAGAUCCUUAAAAAACUUGUAAAUCGAUAAGUUUUCUAUGUAUUGUCAUAUACAGGAUGUCCAUAAAAUGUUCUCCUUAAAAUCA